AAUGGGUUUUUAAACUUGUCAGUCUUUAUCUCUAUCAUUCCAGCUCAUUUUUCAUCACAUCAGUUAGAUAAUGUGUAGUAAUUCCCUUGCGUCACUGUAAACAAUUUAAACACAAUUUAAGAUGUGAGGAUCCACAAAGUGCUUUGUCAGUAAUUGUCUGCAGUUAUGUGAACACAUAAUUACAACGACGCUUCUCAGUAAGCUUGUGUUAGAAAACAAGGUGAGUGUACAGUCUGGUAUGACACUGUAAAUUUGAAUGCUUACAUAAUUCUCAUAGCCAUGAGAACUGCACGGGAUUCUUUGUGGAUCAGGCAGAAUAGACAGGAUAUAAUGGCUUUGUUCAAGAGAGUGUGAGGACAUUUUUAUGACACUCAAGUGUUAGUCAGCCACUUAUUAAAUUAGCUCAUAGGGCUCGGUGUUGUUACUAUGGCACAACCAGGAGUGUCCUUAUAAAUUGUCAGAAGUCAAUGAGAUGUCCAGCACAUGCAUGCUUGGCAAAGGAGAAAAGACCAUAAUGGGGUACCACAGAAGUUUAAAAAAGUAGUGAAAGAGGAAAGAAAAUGUUAUAUUUUUAGUUCAAAAUUACAACGUUGGAACAGUUGCCCUGCUCAAGCCCAGUGGCUCAGGACAGGAAUGGCAUGAUGGGAGUGCAAACAGUGCCAAACUCCACCUUUGCUCCCCCUCCUUUUCUCCCUUUUCUGGCCUUUUCAUGGCACUCCUCCCAGCUCAGAAUGUUAAAACACCAGCCUGGGAUCCUCCUCAGACCAUUCCAGCUCUUCCCUCAGUCAGUGCUCACAUCACAGCAGUGAUGAGAGCCGAUCUGAAGCCGCACUGUGUGGUGAACCACGUUCAUUUGUUGCAAGGAAGAAAAGAGGAAGCUCGCGGUGGCCCAACUUCUUCAGAGCUGAAUUAUGUACAAUCUCCACAAUACAGUUCCUUUAACAGUGAAUGCGGCUCCUGCCUGGGCAGAGGAAUUUCAUGUUAACAGGGUGGAGAAAAACCCACAAUUCAGAUGAGAUCUUCAUCUGUAGCCAUUUCUGCAACACUUGCAUGCAAUUGUCCUGUGUCUGCACAUGCUCAGUGCAAAUGAAGAAAAAUUCUUAUGAGAACUGCAAGGAUGUUUAAAACUGUUCUUUUUUCCAGCCAUAACACCCACCUAAAGAGGAGAGUCUAACCACUCAUAGUUCUCAUGCUUCUUUUUAAGCAAGCCUGUAGAUAUUUUCUCCUCUAGCUGAAAAUCCUGUGGUCGUUGAAGCAAUGAGUGGGAGUUAAAUGAUUUUUCGCAUGCUUUUUACUGCUUACACCAGUUUAAUGCUUAAGCUGUGUUCAUGCACCGGCUUUGUGAAAAUCACAGUUAUGAAUUUAGUCAUUUACUUUUUUAAAAGCAAAACACAGAGCUAGAACUUCUGACAGUUCACUCGGUAUAGAAUCUUCUCACACUUGAUCUUCAGGGAAGGCAGUAAACAACAUACACACAGUCUGCAAAAUAUCAGGUGAUUGUAAAUGACAAAGCAAUACAAAUUUUCCCCAAAUAUUCACAACCAUGCAUACAUCUGUCCAAGCUGGGUUGUUUUAAUGAUUAUCCAGCAUGUUUCAUCCUGGUUUUAAAGCCACACAAUGAAUUAGAUAAUGUCUACAUUUCUUUGUUCUUCCUUAAUAAAAAUAAACAGGGACAGAAAAGGGGCACAUUAAGAAGUUAUGAGCUGAGAAAUGCAAAUUAAUUAUGUCUUAAAUAUCUGUUGCUUCAGGCAUUUAUGAUUCUUUAGUAGAUGAUUUAUGAUAUUUGUACUAAGGAAAAAAGUGAAGAAAAAAUUGACUUUAAAGGAAAGGAAGAAAGUAGACUUUUUAGAGCUAUUGGAAGUUUGCAAGCGAACGGAGAAAUGGUUGUCAACAGAGAUAGCAGUUAAAUCCCAAGACUGGCUGCAAGUAGUAAGUUAAACUAUAGGUCUUAAUUAAGUACAGCCAUAAAAGUAUAUUUUAAGACCACUGCUUCUAGUCUUAAUAGACUGACCUGUUUUGAAAUCCUAAUAUAUAAUUUUUAGUUUUAUAGGAAUCAUUAUAGCUGCAUUUAUGCUUCUACAGAUGAGGAUACCAUGGGUUCGUACAUCUAUUUAGGAGAAAUAAAUUGUGCUGUGUAGCAGGUAUUCCAAAAGAGGGUUUUUUAGGGAGGGGAAGAGGAUGGUGGGGGAUGGCUCCUUGAGGACUUGAGAUGGCGAGUCUCAGGAUUGGUGGAUGGCUUUGCUUGGCAUGGCCCCCUGCCAAGCCCUUAUGUCUUUAUAUACAGUUAACAGGAGACCAUCCAGUCCCGAGUGUGUUUCUGUCUUCACCCCCCUUUUACUAUCUAUCUCUUCUACUGCUUUUCUCUUCUCUUAAGCUGCUCACCUCAUCUGCUGUCCUUCAUCUGUAUUUGCAUACUCCUCAGCUUCCUUCUCCACAAGAACAAUCCUCAAAAAUCUCCAAACGCUUUCCUCCUUUUUGAAGCAGCUAAAAGAUAUUAGAACAAAUUUAGAAGAAACACAUCUCCAGUUGUUGAUAGUGCUGCUGUGUGAGAGAAAAACCAUGGCACAGCAGAUGUUUCUUCUGUCGGUGGUGUCCAUGUGGCUUUUGGCUGGGUACUUCAUAGCUGAAGCAACAUACUACAACCACCCCCUGUACAACCGCCAUUUGUACAAUUACCGCCACCGCAUAUUCAACCACCAUGCAAGCAUGGACAAUCUACUGCCUCCAGAGGUACCAGCAGAGGUGGAGGUACCAAAACCUCGCACCUUUCAUGGGAUCAUGUUCGACGCCGGCAGCUCUGGCACCCGCAUCCACAUAUUUAAGUUUAUUCAGAAGGACCCAGCUGGGCUGCCGGUGCUUGACAAUGAAAUGUAUAAUGCAGUGAAGCCUGGACUGUCAGCAUAUGGAGAAAAUCCUGAAGAGGGUGGAGAGACCAUUAGACAGCUGCUGAAAGUGGCUAAAAAGACAAUCCCCAAGGACGAAUGGUGGCAGACGCCUGUAUUAUUGAAAGCCACUGCUGGCCUGCGGCUGAUGCCCAAAGAGAAAGCUCAAGCUCUGUUGGAUGAGGUAAAACAAGUACUUGACGAAUCUCCUUUCUAUGUACCAAGCAACAGUGUCAGCAUCAUGAAUGGCACAAAUGAAGGAGUGCUGGCUUGGGUCACAGUGAAUUUCCUGACAGGUCACUUGUAUGCCAAUACCAGAAGAACUGUAGGAAUAUUGGAUCUGGGUGGAGGUUCAACCCAAAUCACAUUUCUCCCAAAAUCAAAGAAAACAGUGCAGAAUGCUCCUCAUGAUUACAUUGCACAUAUGGACAUUUUCAACACCACCUACGAGCUUUACACCCACAGUUACCUGGGAAAUGGACUUUUUGUAUCCCGACUAGCAACUCUUGGUGCACUUGGAGCAGAUGGUCUUGACUACAAGGUUUUCACAAGUUCUUGCCUACCUAAGAAGUUCAAAGACGAUUGGACCUUUGGUGGGAUCACCUACAAAGUCAGUGGAAUUCCAGAUGGUUAUGCAGGAUAUAAACUGUGCUACCAUGAAAUGAUGCGUGUGGUGAAAGGGAUCAUACACCAGCCCUAUGAAGUCAAAGGAAACAGUGUCUUCUAUGCCUUCUCUUAUUACUAUGACAGGGCUGUGGAAUCUGGCCUUAUCGAUGGCUCCAGAGGCGGUGCUGUGGAGGUCAGAGAUUUCAAGAAGAAAGCCAAGGAAGUUUGCAACAAGAUGACUAAAUACCGUCCCAUCAGCCCUUACUUGUGCAUGGACAUGACCUACAUCACUGUCCUUCUGAAAGAGGGAUUUGGCUUUAAGGACAACACUGUUCUGCAGCUUGCUAAAAAGGUGAACAAUGUUGAAACAAGCUGGGCUUUAGGAGCCACUUUUGAUUACCUUCACAACCUGAACAUUCACUAAAGCCUGUAGACUUUUUGGUGCCACUGGGUGAGUAAACAUAGGGUCGGAGUGAGGAACCUCGCCUACGCCUCACUCUCCUCACCGAGUUACAAGCAGCCCUGCACUGUAGCCACGCUCAUCUCCCUCCCUUCCAAACAGCCAAAGUUCUUUCCGCAACCAAAUGACCUGUAUUUCUGUAAAAAUGGCCAGGCCAACCUCAUAUUCCUACUGUAUGCUUAACCCAGGAUUGGUUUAUUUUUGUAACUUGGGCGUUUACAUUUUUUUUCCUACUUUCGUCUCACCUGAGGCGCUGCCUGUCUAUUUUGGCAGUCUUUGAGUUUGUGAUGGGUAGUGAGAUUUAAUACAACCAUUCACAGCUUUUUAAGGACCUCGCCUUGUGCUGUGUGCAGAAAUAUUGUGGUAGGGUGGGAGGGUGUAUAAUUUUAUUAUGGAAAUUAUUUAGAAAUCCUAGUAAGUUCAGUUUCUGGUAAUCAUGUAUUUACACACACAAAAAAACUUUUUAAUGAUAGUGAAGUAAAAAAUUCUAAAGCCUCUCACAACACAAUUUAGUUGAAGCAGUUUAUUUACUGAUGUUGAUGCUUGUGGAUUUUUGGUGGAAAACAGGUGGAGAUGAAUACAAGAGUAAAUCAUCUCAUCACUGAAUUGGGUCAAGUGCAUGAAUGCUGUUGUAUGAAGUUAUGUACGUGUGUAUUUAUGUAUGUCUGUUUGUAUGUUGAGAAGCUUAACCUUUAAUGUUGGACUGGAAUGUCUAGUGCUUCAGCAGAAUUCAUGCAGAUAUUUUGGACGUACCUACAACCUCGAGAUUUGUACUGAUUUGUCUACUCAUAUGAACUCAGGACUCUACCUAAAUUACCCAGUCUAUCUGUCUAGUUAUGUUAGAACACUGUUUGCAUUAGCCACAUUACAGGUACCCUGGCAUAGAACAUCAAAAUCUCUGUGGGAUCAUCUAAAAAACAACAAGAAAAGGCUUUUGGCUCAAUGCAUUUAAUAUGCAAAGUAUCAUUUGUGAAUUAUUGUAUAAAUAUUUAUUACAUAGAUAUAGUUACCUAAAUGCACAACAGUGCAUAAUUCAACAUUGUUACUUUAUUUGUAUGUAUUCUGUUCAUACUUUAACAUGCCUACAUGUAUAUACACAAUACACACAAUUGUAUAUAUCAAUGAACUAUCAAUAAGAUUAUUAUUCAUCAUUUUGUGUGUUAAAGAAAUAAAUGAUGUGAUAAUGUGCACAAG